UCUGUUUAUCGCCAUUCGCCACUCUUUGACAGAAGGCAGACGGAGGAACUGAAGACUGUCGUCACGCGAGCUGAUGAACAUUAAUGAAGUUGCCAUGAAACCGACACCGCAGUUCCUCAGGAUUAAUGGCGUCAGCGGCAACCGGAUCCGCGUGAAACACACACACACACACACACACACACUGUUCACUCAGAGUCAGUCGGUCUCACACAGAGUCUGCCGUGUUGCUCCCGAUGGACAAGAGUGUGAUCAAACUCAGUCACUGUGAGAAGGACAUCUUCUGCUUCUUUGUCCCGGAUCAGUGUCCCGAAUGCGGGAUGAGCUUCAGUGGGAAGAGGCUGGAGGAGGCACCGGUCAGCGUGCCUAACCCCUUUUCUAACGGACACAAGGUCCCGUGCGCUUUCCUCGUGGCAUCGGCAGAACACAGUGUGCUGAGGGAUUUUGACGGCCGCUCGGAUCUACACACAGGGAUCACUAACACUAAAGGAAUAGUGUACAACUACACGAGGGCGGGAGUGCAGCGGGAACAGGAGGGAUGGGAACGCUGUGUGUGUGUGCCGCUGGUCCAGCCCGACAUGUUCAGUCUCAUAAACCAGUGGGACCAGUACCUGGAGAAGUUCUCCUCCCAUCAGAUGUGGGACCCGAUGUGGCACAGCUUUAACGAGGAAACACACAACUGCUACAGCUUCACGCUAACGUUCAUCAACUGUGUUCUGGCGGCGCAGUCCAAACCGGGCCUGAGCAAAGACGGCUUCACACACACCUUCGUUCUGCCCCGGAUCAGGAGAGCCUCCAAGUACAUGACGUUGUGUCGUGAGAUUUCCCAGAACCACUUCUACAUCGUGGAUAACCCGAAGAGGAACUCGCAGGAGAGCCUGAGCGAGGAGGACGAGGACAGCAAGAAUCUCUGAGCCCAUAGUUCAUCAUAUUUAAUGAUUCAUGUAUCUUGUAUCAAGGUGGAAUUUGAUUGAAUGAUGCUUAAAUUGAUCUAUACUGUUAUAUGAGCUGAAACUACACUUUUGUAAAGCUAUAUUCUAUACAUAUUUCACUUCCAGAAAGUUACUCGAUUCAAACCAAUAGAAAGAAUGUGACUGAGAACGACAACUGUCAAUGUUUUUAUCAUUCAUCAUCUGGAAAAAAAUAAUUCUGAAUGUGUUUACAACCUGUGUGUCGUUAUCCGUAUCUGUAAUGCAGAAUGUUAAUUAAAAAAAUAUAUACUGUAUUAGACCAACGUGAGGGUCACAUCACUCACAUAGUGUUGUCAUGUCAUUAGUUUUACUGGUUCUAUUGCUCUCCUCAUUUGUAAGUCUCUUUGGAUAAAAGCUUCUGCUAAAUUA